AUGACGAAUCAUGUUCACUGUCUUUCAGCGCCGUCCUAUCGCCUUGUUCCCGGUCCCCAUUAUGGCCGCGUGGAAACCCUAUACCAGGGCUCCUGGGGUACGGCCUCUGUGGACGGCUUCGGCAAGGAGGAGGCGGACGUGCUUUGUCGCUCUCUUGGCUACACCGGCGGUAUAGGCAGCUUCCACAGCGCAGACAUGUACGGCGUUGGCUCUGGGGAAAUCUGGCUCUCGGGGUUGUCCUGCACAGGAAAUGAGAACUCUCUGGAAGAAUGUCCGCCUAAAAUAUGGGGCGGUCACACCAGCGCUACGCACGCCAGUGAUGCGGCGGUGUUUUGCUAUGGAUCGACAUCCAGUUUGCUGUCCCACGGUUGGUACGGCCGCGUCAUGCAGUACGUCGGCACCACUCUCAACAGCAUCUGUGACACCAGCUUUGACGAUAACGAGGCCAAC